AUGGACUCCCAGCCCGGGGAGCCAAGCCCCGGCCCCGUCGAUCUUCCCAAUGGCAAGCGGCGUUGGCGUCGCAAUCGAGUCGCCUGCGAUUCGUGCCACACCCGCCGGGUCCGAUGCGAUCGCGCUUUUCCCUGCUCACGAUGCCUGCGCAGCGACAUCCACUGUGAAUUUACUCGCGAACGUCGCAAACGUGGUCGCAUUGCCCGCUCCAAGCUUGCGCCCGAAUCGAUGCCCGUGGAUCCCUCCGCCUCGAACUAUGCGAUCCGCAGAAACUCCUCCAAUAUGGAUCAGAAAGCCUCCCAGCCGGCGCAGUCGCCGAUGCAGCAGAGCUCGCCAGAAUCCGCGUUCCCACCACGGUCACCAGCGACCAACAAUCUCAGCAUGUCGGCGCCGAGCGUAGACGGUCCGCACUCGUUGCUCGAAGGCUCGCGCCCACAUCGCCCGGGGCCCGAAGGGAAUGCGACAGAAGCAUGGUUGUCAGGCGCGCACGUCUCCCCAGAGUCUUACGAUAUACUGGGCGGGGCUCAUGGCAAUGAUGGGCCUCUACCACGCCUAUAUGAUAUCUGGAACCCCGUCGACCUGGCCGGUCAUCAUCCAUCGCAGCGGACCCCGCGGAUGCCUUCAAUAUCCACACAAGUCCAGUCGGGCCAAGGGCCGCCCUCGAGCUCGCGAUCGAACUUGAAGUAUCCGGUUUUGGAACCAGUGAUGCCAUUCUUAGAGUCAAAUCUUCCCCGCCGCCUGGUAUGCGAUCUACUGGAGCUCUACUUUACCAGCGCAUUCUCCACCCACAUGCACCCUGUGUGCCACCACAUCCACUGCUACGUCUUACGCAAGGCUUCUUUCCUCAGUACCGAUCAUCCACGCCCGAGUAGCCCAGCACUGCUGGCAAGUAUGCUGUGGGUUGCGGCCGUCGACGAUCGUGCCUUUUCCCUCUCCAUUUCGCCGUUGCAGCGGCGCAAGAUCUGUCAAUUCCUCUGUGCGUUGACCAUCCGGUUGCUUCGACCUUUGAUCCAUGUAUCUUUCAAGGAUCAAGAGCCACCAGAAAACCCAAAUGCUCCUCAAGAAUUCCCCACGGCCGCGGCACACCACCCGUUCGAAGGUGUGGGGGACGACAAAGGCCUGGUUGGCCCAGCGGGUUCGCUCGACGAUGUUGUCACAUAUAUACAUGUUGCCUCCAUAAUUUCUUCCAGUGAACAGAAGGCGGCAAGUAUGCGUUGGUGGCAUGCGGCUUUCACUCUGGCACGAGAACUCAAGCUGAACCAAGAGAUGGAAGUGAUGGCAAAUAUGGAUAGCCAGAGUGAUGGCUCGAGUCCAUCGUUUGGAUACUCCUUGGCGGCGUGGGCCAGCUCGCCUGGCGGUCCGGUGUUUGACUACUCGAACCCCUCUCGACCGAGUUUGAACUGUGUCUGCGAAGAAAAACAUGAUCCACACAACAGCUCUCUCAUCACGGAAGAGCACCGUGAAGAGCGCCGCCGCACCUGGUGGCUUCUAUAUAUUAUGGACCGCCACCUGGCUUUGUGCUAUAAUCGACCACUAGCCCUUCUCGACGCCGAGUCUGAAGAUCUACUCCUUCCACUGGAUGAGGGGUCGUGGCAAUCCGGCAAUAUACACAGUAAUAGCCCCCGUGCGGACGGCCCCCAAUGCAUUCGAUCCGGUGACCGGAAUAAGCGACGUGUUUUCCCCAACUUCAUUUGCCAUGAUCACUCCAUCCUCGGAUUCUUUCUGCCCCUGAUGACUAUCACCGGCGAGUUGAUCGACCUGAACCAGGCUCGGAACCACCCAACUUUAGGUUUGCGUCUGCAAGGAAAGGAGGCUUGGGAGGUGCAUGUUGCAGAAGUACUACGACAGUUGGAAGUCUAUAAGGCCAGUUUGACGACCUUUGCUGCUGCCACGGCGGCCGACCCAGAAGGUUCCCUGUCGGGCGCAUAUCCCGGCAAGCCAGAUCAACCGGUCGAUGCACAACUGUCGCAGGCAUACUCCUGGCACACACAGACGGUCAUUGCCUACGCAUCGUACCUGGUACACGUCCUGCACAUUCUGCUCGUCGGGAAAUGGGACCCAGUUUCCCUCAUUGAAGAUAAAGACUUUUGGACCUCGUCACCUGCCUUCGCAUCGACCAUCUCUCAUGCGCUGGAAGCAGCGGACUCGGUGCAACAGAUCCUACGAUUUGACCCGGACAUCAGCUUCAUGCCUUACUUCUUCGGUAUUCAACUGUUGCAGGGUAGCUUUUUGCUGCUGCUUAUUGUCGAGCGUCUGCAGAAAGAGGCCGGUGAAGGAAUCCUGAAUGCCUGUGAGACGAUGAUUCGGGCUACCGAGUCCUGCGUGGUCACCUUGAACACGGAGUACCAGCGUAGUUUCCGGCAGGUGAUGCGCAGCGCCGUGGCGCAGGCUCGUGGACGACCGGUGAAUCCAAGUGAGAUCCGUCACCGGCGGAAGGCAGUUCUGGCGCUGUAUCGAUGGACGCGCAAGGGAACCGGCCUCGCUCUCUGA